AAACCCAAACCCAAACCCAAACCCAAACCCAAACCCAAACCCAAACCCAAACCCAAACCCAAACCCAAACCCAAACCCAAACCCAAACCCAAACCCAAACCCAAACCCAAACCCAAACCCAAACCCAAACCCAAACCCAAACCCAAACCCAAACCCAAACCCAAACCCAAACCCAAACCCAAACCCAAACCCAAACCCAAACCCAAACCCAAACCCAAACCCAAACCCAAACCCAAACCCAAACCCAAACCCAAACCCAAACCCAAACCCAAACCCAAACCCAAACCCAAACCCAAACCCAAACCCAAACCCAAACCCAAACCCAAACCCAAACCCAAACCCAAACCCAAACCCAAACCCAAACCCAAACCCAAACCCAAACCCAAACCCAAACCCAAACCCAAACCCAAACCCAAACCCAAACCCAAACCCAAACCCAAACCCAACAUCGAAUAUCAAAUUUAUUUUGACUUUCAUAUAUAUAGAUUUCUUCCCUCAAUCACAAAUGGUAUAAAAGUAUCAAGUGAAAAGGGAAGUUGUGAGAUUUCUUCUCAAUCACACAUGGUCUACUUUGAUGAAAAGGAUGAAAUCUUGAAAAAGGACCACCUAUUGAAACUUUACCAACAUGAUGUACAUGAUCUAUAA